AUCAGAAUCUCUGCCACAAGAAGAGAUAUGGCCAGCCUUGGAGCAUCGGGUGUGCUAUGUUGUUCAUCGAUUCCCUCAUCAUCUCCGUCUUGCCGGAGAGAAAUCAUCAGAGCUAUCAUCGACAUGCCGAAGCUUCGGAAUGGUAGAGCCUCUCUUCCCAAGCUCACAAACAGUCCUAGUUUGGUGGAGGAAUUGGAUUUCAGAAGAAGUGGUUACACAAAUACGACCACUACUCAUAUUGAGAAAGUACUCUCUAAUCUUCGCAUCAAUCGUCGAGCUUAUGACACUAAUGAAGUUUCAGAUCCAUUGGUGAUGGAGAAGCUUUACGCGAUCAUGGGGGCUGUUGAAGAUAGGGUGGAGAUGCAUAAGAACAUGGGAGGGCAAAGAAACAACUGGAACAGUCUACUUUUGACAUCCAUUAACACGAUCACUCUCACGGCUGCAACAAUGGCUGGGAUUGCAGGUACAGUAGUGGGUACAGGCGGUGCUCCUCUUUCAGCGCUCAAGCUCUCUUCCACCUUGUUGUAUUUGGCAGCUACUGGGAUGUUGAUAAUCAUGAACAGGAUUCAGCCGUCUCAACUUGUUGAAGAGCAACGAAACGCUGCAAGGUUGUUCAAGCAGCUUCAUGCAGAAAUCCGCACAAUGGUGUCUCUUGGCAACCCAUUAACCAUGGAUGAUGUGAACCAGGCCAUGGACAAAGUUCUGGCGCUUGACAGGGCCUUCCCUCUUCCUUUACUAGGCGCGAUGCUUAAAAAGUUCCCGGCAACCAUGGAACCUGCUGUGUGGUGGCCUCAGCCACGUGUAAAACAAGCUAAAAGGCUUCAUUAUAAGAGAAACAAUAUAAUCAAUGGUUGGAAUGCGAAGUUGGAAGAGGAAAUGGGAGAGAUAGUUCGGGUUUUGAAGAAGAAGGACAAGGCAGAUUACUUGAGACUGGGUGAAAAGGCCUUGAAAUUGAACAAGGCGUUAGCCAUUUCUGGCCCUUUACUAACUGGCCUUGCAGCUAUUGGCUCGGCCUUGGUGGGAUCCCCUAGCCAUGGUCCAUGGACUGUGGUGCUUGGGGUGGCGGCUGGUGCUUUGUCAAGCAUCGUGAACGCAGUGCAGCAUGGUGGGCAAGUGGGAAUGGUGUUCGAGAUGUAUAGAGGCAACGCCGGUUUCUUCAGGCUCAUGGAAGAGUCUAUACAGUCAAAUUUGAAGGAAGAAGUGGAGAGAAGAGAGAACGGAGAACUGUUUGAAAUGAAGGUGGCUUUGCAGCUGGGAAGAAGCUUAUCUGAGCUAAAAGAUCUUGCAACUUCUUCUUCAAUAAAAGGGGAGGCCAUAGAUGAGUUUGCAAGCAAGCUUUUUUAACCUUAGUUUUUCCAAUUCCUUAGUUGGCAUAAUACACGUGACCCUAACUUUAGUUAGUUC